GCAGCUGCCAGGCUCAGGUUUUGUUGAUGUUGUGGAAGGAGUUUCAUUGUUUUCCCCCCUGCUCCAGGCUCCCUUUACCGGCCGUGUGUCCGCGCUGUGGCCCCGGGAUAGCGCCGUGCACCGGAGCAUCCAUGAGGGUCUGAUGGAACAGCCCAAGGAGCUGUCUGACCAUUCUUCACGUGAAAGGAAGAGACGGGAUUCGUUCGGAAUGUUCGACGGGUAUGACAGCUGCAGCGAGGACACGAGUAGCAGCUCAAGUUCCGACGAAAGCGAGGAGGAAGUUACCCCGCUGCAGUCGAGCCUCCCCAUCAUCAAAAACAAUGGGCAAGUUUACACGUAUCCAGACGGGAAAUCCGGAAUGGCUACCUGCGAGAUGUGCGGCAUGGUCGGAGUCCGGGACGCGUUUUACUCCAAGACGAAGCGAUUCUGCAGCGUUUCCUGCUCCCGGAGUUACUCCUCCAAUUCCAAGAAGGCAAGCAUUCUGGCAAGGCUUCAGGGUAAACCUCCUACGAAAAAAGCAAAAGUUCUCCAAAAACAGCCGCUGGUUGCCAAGUUAGCAGCUUAUGCUCAGUACCAAGCGACGCUGAAGAACCAACCGGCGAACAAAAUGGCCGUCACAGCAGAAGGAUUUAAUUGGGGCAACUACAUCACGAGCAAUAACCUGAUCGCUGCUCCUGUCACUUGUUUCAGACACGCACCCAUGGGAAACUGCUGGGGAGAUAUCUCAGAAGGUGUAAGAGUCGAAGUUCCAAACACAGACCACAAUCUGCCCCAGAAAGUGUUCUGGAUUGCCGCGAUCGUGAAGUUAGCAGGGUACAACGCUUUGCUGAGAUACGAGGGCUUCGAAAACGAUUCCAGCCUGGACUUCUGGUGUAACAUCUGCGCUCCUGACGUCCAUCCGGUCGGCUGGUGUGCAAGCAGCGGGAAGCCGUUAGUUCCUCCGCAGACGAUACAACACCGAUACACAAAUUGGAAAGCCUUUUUAGUGAAAAGACUCACCGGAGCCAAGACGCUGCCUCCUGACUUCUCUCAAAAGGUAUCGGAAAGCAUGCAGUAUCCUAUCAAAGCUUCCAUGAGGGUCGAGGUGGUGGACAAGACGCACCUCUGCCGGACGCGGGUGGCCAUAGUGGACAGCGUGAUCGGGGGCAGGUUGCGAUUAGUCUACGAGGAAAGCGAAGACAAGACAGAUGACUUCUGGUGUCAUAUGUACAGUCCCCUCAUUCAUCAGAUCGGGUGGUCUCGGAGCAUAGGGCAUCGAUUCAAAAGAACAGAUAUUUUGAAGAAGCAGGAAUCCAGCUAUGAUGCGCCUCCUCAUUUAUUUGCAAAGAUUAAAGAGGUUGACCAGGGUGCCGAGUGGUUUAAAGAUGGCAUGAAGCUGGAAGCAAUCGACCCUUUAAAUUUAUCGGCAAUAUGUGUAGCGACCAUCAGAAAGGUGCUCGCGGAGGGAUACCUAAUGAUUGGCAUCGACGGCUCGGAAGCAGCGGACGGCUCUGACUGGUUCUGUUACCACGCGUCCUCUCCUUCCAUAUUCCCUGUUGGUUUCUGUGAAAUUAACAAAAUUGAAUUGACGCCGCCUCGAGGCUACACAAAACUACCUUUCAAAUGGUUUGACUACCUCAGGGAAACGGGAUCCGUGGCUGCCCCGGUAAAGUUUUUUAACAAGGAAGUUCCCAAUCACGGCUUUCGUGUGGGAAUGAAGCUGGAAGCCGUGGACCUCAUGGAGCCCCGGCUAGUGUGUGUGGCCACCGUAACGCGCAUUAUUCACCGCCUCCUAAGGAUUCAUUUUGACGGCUGGGAGGACGAGUACGAUCAGUGGGUGGACUGUGAAUCCGCAGACCUCUAUCCCGUCGGAUGGUGCCAGUUAACGGGUUACCAGUUACAGCCCCCAGCGCCGCAGACAACGAAAGACAACCAGUCCAAUGUGUCCAAACAGAAGAAGAAAUCCAAGUCGCAGCAGUACAAGGGACACAAAAAAAUGACAACGUUACAGCUGAAAGAAGAUUUACUGGACAGUGAAGAAUACACGUUUCUUCAGGCUUCCGAUCAGGAGAGUAACGGUUCUGGCAGCUAUUACAUCAAACAAGAGCCAUGAUGUCACCGUAACUAUCCUAUAAAUAAUUUAAAGACAAGAAUGUUUUCAUACAAAAUUAUUUGAAAACCAGAAUUUAUAAUUGGACUUACGUGCAGGGACGCUCUGUUAAAGGGUAAAAAGAAAAAUAUUUUGGUGAAGAAAAAAAAAAAAACAGAUUUUUUUCAAUUUAUUAUAUAAUAUUAACAAUUUUUGUGUUGUAUUUGAAGUUUUUGAGAAAACAAAUUUAAUAUUUUGAAAUUUUACAAAUUAUUGUGAAUUGUGGGCAGUGGAAAAAAAAAUCUUAGUUUUUUUUGGGGGGGACAUAGCAGGGCUAGAUAUAUUUGGUAAGAAAAAAUGUUUUGUUUUUUUUUUGGAAAGCUACGCAGACUUGGUACACACUGGGUAACUUUUUUUGUUUUGUUAACCAGGAAAAGUUUUUUAAUUUGAAAAAAAGUAUAUAUAUAUUUUUUGUGCUAAUAUUUUAUGAUUUUUGCUAAAGUUAUGCUCCUCUAAAACAACUAAAAAAAAAAAACAA